AUGGGCAGCGACGACGCAUAUCUCCUCACGGCUUCCGAAGCCCUCGCCAAGAUCCGCGCUGGCGGGAUGACCGUUGAGGGCUAUGUCCGCUCACUGCUGCGUCGUAUUGAUGUGCGUGACGUCGAUGUCGGGGCAUGGGCCUAUAUAGACAAGGAUUACAUCCUCCAGCAGGCGAGAGCCCUGGAUAAGGUGCCGAUGAGCAAGAGAGGCCCGCUGCAUGGCAUGCCGAUUGCCAUCAAGGAUGUCAUUUACACCAAAGAUAUGCCGACGGCACACAAUUCGCCAAUCUACAAAGACGACUUUCCCAAGCUCGACGCAGCCUCCGUCAUCCUCCUCCGCCACGCAGGCGCACUAUUCCUCGGUAAAACAACAACGGCCGAGUUCGCCGCCUCCUACACCGGCCCGGCCUCUACGCGCAACCCGCACAACCCGGCCCGCACCCCCGGAGGCUCGUCGUCGGGCUCGGGCGCCGCCGUCGGCGAUUUCCAGGCGCCCGUGGCCCUCGGCACACAGACGGGCGGGUCCACCAUCCGGCCGGGCUCGUUCAACGGCGUCUACUCCAUCAAGCCGACGUGGAACGCCGUGUCUCGCGAAGGGCUCAAGAUCUCAUCCCUGAUGCUGGACACGAUUGGCAUCUUCGCCCGCGGCGUCGACGACUUGGAUCUCGUGGCCGAUGCGUUUGGGCUGCAGGACGACGAGGCGAGUGGCUUCACGGGCAUCAAGGGCGCGCGCUUUGCUCUCUGCAAGACUGUCGUCUGGCCAAUGGCCGGAGAGGGCACUCGCCACGCCAUUGCUCGCGCCGUGGACAUUCUGCGAGCCCACGGCGCAGAGGUCGAAGAAGUCGAUCUGCCGCGCGAGUUUGACGACCUGCCGCGCUGGCACAACAUGGUCCUGCAGACCGAAGGCGAGACCUUCUUCCUCCCCGAGCACCGCGUCGCCAAGGAGAAGCUCUCGCCGCAGCUGGUUGGCUACGUCGACCGAAAGGCCGGCUACGACCGCCGCGCCCAGCUCAAGGCCCUCGACGGCAUCGCAGCCCUGCGCCCCAAGAUUGACGACAUCGCGGGCCGAUACACGGCCAUCCUGACGCCCAGCGUCAUCGACGAGGCGCCAGAGGGGCUCGAGUUCACCGGCGACUCGGCAUUCUGCGUGAGCUGGUCGGCGCUGCAUACGCCAGUGGUCAACGUUCCGGGCUUUCAGGGACAUACCGGCAUGCCGAUUGGUGUGUCGCUGGUGGCUCCCAGGUAUCGCGACAGACAUCUUUUGAAGGUGGCCAAGGAGGUGGGCAAGCUUUUCGAAGCAGAGGGCGGGUGGAAGCGAAGUGUAUAA